AUGAUUGGCAUAGCAUCAACUGGAUCCGGAAAAACACUGACAUUUGCUUUACCGUUGGUGAUGUUUUGCUUGGAGCAGGAAGUAUCAUUACCAUUUAAACAUGGUGAAGGUCCCUAUGGACUAAUCAUUGUACCAUCUCGAGAGUUGGCGAAACAAAUCCAUGACGUUAUCGCAAAACUGUUUGAGAACAUUGCUGACGGUACGACGUUCCCUAAGCUUCGAGUGGGUUUGUGCAUUGGUGGAUUACCAAUAAGCGAACAAGCAAGAAUCUUUGAGAGAGGUGUGCAUGUAUGUGUUGCUACUCCCGGUCGUUUAUCUGAUUUAUUGAGCAAGAAAAUUUUUAAUUUGCAAGUCUGUCGAUAUCUGGUUCUCGAUGAAGCUGAUCGAAUGCUGGAUAUGGGCUUCGAAGAAGAAAUACGAACUAUAUUUUCAUUUUUCAAGGGGCAGCGACAAACGCUGCUUUUUUCGGCGACUAUGCCACGAAAGAUACAAAAUUUUGCUCGUUCGGCACUGGUCCGUGCAGUGAUUGUAAAUGUUGGACGUGCGGGAGCUGCUUCGCUAAAUGUUACUCAAGAAAUUGAAUAUGUUAGAACGGAUGAAAAGUUGACAAGGAUACUGGAUUGUUUGCAAAAAACGGCUCCAAGGCAA